AUGUUUUUGUAUCGCACUGCAGCAAUUCUUGCUCUCUUUGUGGCAGCCUCAGGCAUCACCAGUGCUUUCCAAACUCCCUACCGGUACACGGAAAGAGCCACAUCAAGAAGAACACGUUCUAGUUUUACUUGGCUGCACAGUGCGCCAGCCCUCGACGACAAUGAUGAUGGUGCGACGAUCAUCAAUGACAAGAUUCAUCCCAGGUUGCCGCCCAGCUACGGCUGGACCAAGCCCAGCGAGCCAAAGCAAUCCUUGUCUCGAUCGGAUAUUCAACAGAGUCAUACGGCCAAGCCGUGGAUUUUGAAUCUGGUUCAGGCGGCACAUUGGUCCCUGGGCAUUCCGCUUCUUGUCAACUCCUACGUGUUUUGUUCUCAGUUUGAACUGUGGUCUUCCGCCGUUGCCAACCAUGAUCCCACUCGAAUGCUACUGCUCAUUCUCUAUCCCAUGGUGACCUUUAUGAGCGCACUCUUUCCUAUCGUCUCUCAUUCCUACGAUGACUGGCAACUGGCGCCCUUUCGAGACCAGCACGCUAGCAAUAACGACACCACCAGCCAGCCGUUGGAAUAUCCCGCCCAAGACUAUGGCAACGAUCGGCUGCACCGAUUUGGCUACAAUAUGCUGUUUUUAUUCUUAUCCUUUAGUUCCUUGAUGGAGUACCAUGCUCUUUGCGGCAACAACAACAUGCUCUUGGUUUCCAUCCCCAUGUGUUUAUACGGAAUCUUGGGCGAUCAGAACCAUUUGGUGUCUCAACACAUUCCACGACGAGGAGCCCACCAGGAGCCCAUUGUUCCCGUUCCUGUUUGCACCACUGCCUUGUUCGCCUACUCGCAAACCUUGUGGUUGGUGGCAUUGGUGGGAUUGAUGGUGUCGUCGAAUGUUGCGGCCGGCAGCAGUAGCCUAUGGCUGGCUAUGGGCAUCGCCGUGGUGGGCCAAACCAUAGGUGGAGUUUACGAAGGCGUCGUGGCGGAAUCAACGUUUUCUCAAUGGGAUCAUUUGAUUUCAAUUGCCAUUAUGUUUACGGGCUUUUCGGCAGAAGCCUAUUUCUUUUGGGACUAUGGGAACCAUUUCCUUGCAGCUACCAUGUAA